AAAGAAAUAAAUAAAUAAAUAAAAGCUUCAACUGUUAAUUUCGAAACCCUUACAUCAAGUUUAAUUACUAUUAUGCCAUGCACAACCGAGCUCUCUGAUCUUCGAUAAACCCUCGCGAAACCCUCAAACCCUUCUUCUUCUUCUUCUUCUUCUUCUUCGCAGAGGAGCACGAUGCUGAGCCACUGCUCCAAGCCCCAUCGUCUCCUCAUCCUCUCCUCUCUCCUCGGUUCCCAAUCCAAUCGCUUCUCAUCCCUUGCCGUCAAUCCCUCUCCAGACCCCUCCAAUGGCGACGCUUCUCACCUCCAACCUCCCUCCCAGGAAUCCGUCCUCUAUGUCCUCAAGAAGCUCGAUAAAAAUCCCCACAAGGCCCUCGAAUUCCUCUCCUGCAUCUCCGAGAAGCACAGCUUCAACCCCAACGCCGCCACGCGCAACCUCAUGCUCCGAAUCCUCGGCCGCAAGGAUCACCUCAAGGAUUUCUGGGUUUUCCUCAGAUCCAUGACCUCCGAUGGUUACUCCAUCGAUCAAGGUACGUACCUCACUCUCCUUGCUAGUUUCAAGCAGCAGAAGCUCCCUGCCGAGUGCUCCGCUCUUGCGAAGUUCUACAAAGAUGCUGGUUUGAAAACCGAGUUGCAGAACUCUGUUGACGGCGUUGUUAAAGCCAUUGUUGAUGCUGAUGUUUGGGAUGAUGAGGUUGAAAGGUGUUUAGAGGAUUUAGGGGUGUCUUGGUCGGAGGAUUUGGUGGUGCGAGUGCUCCGUGAGGUGAGGAAUUACCCUUUGAAUGCUCUCAGCUUCUUUAGAUGGGCCAUUGGUCGGCAGGAUUUCAACCAUGGCUCAGCUGCUUACAAUGCUGUUGCUCGAGUUCUCGGGCGAGAGGAAUCCAUAGAGGAGUUCUGGAGCUUGGUUGAUGAGAUGAAGAAGAAAGGGCAUGAUAUGGACAUUGAUACUUAUAUAAAAUUUCGAGGGCAUUUCAAGAAGAGCAAGAUGAUCAAGGAUGCUGUGGAACUCUAUGAGUUCAUGAUGGAUGGGCCUUACAAACCUGCAAUUCAAGAUUGUGGCAUGCUUUUGCGGCAAAUCUCACUUAGUGGGAGUGUGGACCUUGAAUUGGUUUAUCGGGUUGUGAGGAAGUAUGAAGCCGCCGGGUAUUCUUUGUCAAAGGUUGUUUAUGAUGGCAUUCAUCGGUGUCUUACUAGUACCGGGCAGUUUGAUGAAGCUGAUGAGAUUUUGAGGAAAAUGAAGCAAGAGGGAUUUGAGCCAGAUAACAUCACUUACAGCCAGUUGGUGUAUGGACUUUGUAAGGCGAAGAGGUUGGAGGAAGCUUGCAAGGUGUUGGAUGAAAUGGAAGAGUGUGGAUGUGUUCCUGAUGUUAAGACUUGGACAAUUUUGAUUCAAGGGCAUUGUUCGGCCGGGCAAGUAGAGAAGGCAUUAGAGUGUAUGACAAAGAUGAUAGCGAAGGGUUGUAAUGCCGAUGCGGAUCUUGUGGAAGUUAUGGUAAAAGGUUUGUGUGGUGAGAAUAAGGAGGAUGGUGCCUACACUCUGAUUGUUGAAAUGGUGGAGAGGACCCGAGUUAGGCCUUGGCAAGCUACAUACAAGUAUUUGAUUCGAGAGUUAUUGAACAAACGGAAGCUUGAAGAGGGAUUGGAGAUUCUAAGAAUGAUGAAGAGCCAUAAUUUUCCACCAUUUGCCGAUCCUUUUCCGUCAUACAUAUCCCAGUUUGGAACAGUUGGUGAUGCUGAAGAAUUUCUAAAAGCAUUGACAGUGAACAACUUCCCAUCAUCCGCGGCAUAUUUAAAUGUCUUCAAGUUAUUCUUUAAAGAAGGUAGAUAUCCUGAGGCUCAUGACUUACUUUUUAAAUGCCCUCAUCAUAUUCGCAAGCAUGCUGACAUUUGUGAACUUUUUGGUUCAAUCAAAGUCGAUAAUGCUGCUUAGAAAUACUAGAGAGAUAGACCAGGGGUCUUCUUCUAGGAGAAACUUGGUGCAUUGUUAGCAUGAAGCCUACAUGAUGAUAAUGUGGGUGGAGCAUAUUACAUACUUUCAUUGCUCUUUUCUAAGAAAAUUGAUAUGAAUAUUCCAUGUUGAAGUUAGGCCUUGACUUCUGGCUAUCAAAUAUAUGUAUUCAACACAAUGUGUGGGCGGGCUUUCUUCAUAUGCUACUUUUUUUGGGCACUUGAAAAUAAGACCUCAAAUCUGCUUGACAGGAACAUAAUACACCAUUUGUUUUUCAACCAAAUUUGAUGAAGAAAUCUAGUGAUGUGGUUUACUUCUUGUUUGUAAGACUGGAUUUUACUUGCUUGCAAGACUUUAAGAGGGGAUUAAGGACUGUGAUUUAGUGUUUGAGUUCUAGUAGUAAUAUAACUUUGAAAGUUUGCUAGUGUGUUAUUAAUGUAACUCCGUUUGAUGGUUAUCUGUAUUUGAUGUGUUUUGCUGACAAACAUUUAAAUGAGUAUCUGAUUCAUGUGAUAAAUCUUAAUCAAGUUAAUAAACCUAUGGAUU